GUAGAGACUAAAACAAAAAUCAGAUCUCGAAAAAAAUAGGGAUGAGGAAAGAGGGAGGCAGGGAAGAGUCUUGACCUCGCGGCGGUGGCGGCGUAAAAAUGACGGCGGGAUCAGCGUGGCACGACGGUGAGCUUAGGGGUGACGGGGGCAGCGUAUCGUGGUGGGGACAGUGGGCGCGGCAGGGCGGCGGGGACAGCAGGCGCGGCAGGGCGGCGAGGACAGCCGGCGCGGCGGAGGUCAGGGGUGGCGGUGGGCAUGGGAGAGGAAGAGGGAGAUGCGGCGGCAGCAACGUCCGCGGAAGAAAGGGAGGAAGGGAAGAAGGAGGUGGUGAACGGCUGUGAAGUUGGCAUGAGUUAGAUUAGGGUUUUAUUAUUUUAUAUGGGAGGAAAAAUGCUUGGGUGUGGUAAGUUUUUUUCAUCCAAAAAACACCCUUCUUUUCAUCUCAACCUUCAAUUUAAAAAUAACAGGAGAGAAACAAGAGAGAUAAUACAUCUAAUGGCUAUAAAGUGGGUUGUCAAACCCACAACCCCUUAACGAAUUGUCACCAUAACUCGUCCCAAUAACCACCAGACUUGUUGAUUAGCAUCUUCAGUUAAAAGCGGUCGAUCUAUACGAAAAGGCGUAAAUUUCCUAUAGGUAUGCGUCCCGUCAACUCAUUAAUUACUAGUUAGCUUCCCAUCACCUAAUUAAGAUGAUAACAUGCA